AUGAACAUUACAAACUGCAAGAAACUAGUCACUCUAGGAGCAGAAUUCGGGUGGAACAUUCACAGCAACACCGAAAUUGACAUCUUGUUCACCAUUAGACCACCUGCCAAAUGGAUAGCAUGGGGUGUGAACCCAGGUCCCCAAAGGGCAGAGAUGGUCGGGACCAGGGCUGUUAUAGGCAUUUCACAGCCUAAUGGAACGUUGGUAGUCAGAAAAUACAACAUCAUCAGUGACACCAAGCUAGGUUGUAGGCUUAAGCCUUCACAAGAUUUUGAUGAUGUUAUUGUCAAGAACAUGAAAGGUGAAGUGAAGCCUAGGAGGUACAUGUCGAUAUUUGCAACGCUAAUUUUGCCACCGGAUCAAGCCGCGUACAAUAUUUUGAAGUUGAACCAUGUAUGGCAAGUAGGGUUUGAGGCUGAUGAUGCUCUUAUGGAGCCUAAGAUGCAUUCCACUUCUCUCCAGAAUGUGGAUAGCACGGAGACUAUAAACAUGACCACAGGACGCGGUCUUAGCAUUGGACAUCGCCAGCAUCACCUCAGAACGGUACAUGGGAUUCUUAAUAUUGUGGGGUGGGGAACAAUGUUGAUACCCUUUUCAAUGUCCAAGGUGAUGCUUGCCCUGCGUUUAACGCCAACAAAAACUGAUGAUUACCGGAAAUACUGGAACAUGUACCAUCAUUUUCUAGGGUAUUCACUGCUGGCUGUGAUCUCAGUGAACAUAUUCCAAGGCAUUGCGAUUUUGAAGCCGAAUAAAACCUGGUUGUGGGUUUACGUCGGAGUACUUGGAAUGCUUGGUUUGGUUGCAAUUGGUUUGGAGAUUUUCACUUGGACUAAGUUCAUAUAUGACUUAUAUCGCGGAAAGAAGAGCAGGCUCGAAUUCCAUGACGGGGCCAACCGCUCGAACUAG